CAACUUAUCUAAAUAACCUCCUAAAAUAAGAUCUCAGAAAGCUACUAAGUACUACGAAAUAAUAACCCUACCUGCCUAAACAUCAACCAAACCUCAUCUCAAGAAACCAUAACUCAACACACCAACAUGGCAUCCACCGGCACCCCAACCAGCGGCCUCUCGCACGAUGCACAAGUCCAACACCCCCCUUCAACAGGCAAAACCAACAUCGCAAGCGACGGCUCGCUCGUCAGCUCCGCGGACCCAAGCAUCAGCGCGUCCGCAACAGCGGGGCAAAAGCUAAAAGGCGACGUCGGCGGCGCGGUCAGCGGCAGUAUCGGCAGCAUGCAGGCGGCCGCGGGGGCGAUGCUGCGCAACAAGGGCAUGGAAGAGAAGGGCAUGGCCAAGAUGCAGGCCGAGGACGAGCGGCUGGGCGCGAAGAGGGGCAUCAUGCCCGUCGGGUCCGGGCAGAGACAUACCACUACGCAGACUACAGGUCACACGACGGGCACGGGUACGACUGGGACGGAGAAUAUGCAGUAGGUGGUUUUGGGGUUCUUAAGGGAAGUUACCUAGGGAUUAUGGUUAUCAUGGCGUAUGAAAAGGGGUAUGACUGUAUGAAUACAAAUGGGUAGCUGUUCGACUACUCGUUAUCUACCAAGUAACCAAUGCGCAAUGAUCGUUUAACGUGACUUCUCGGCGUUCUGGAGUUAAGGUUAUCUGUCUAUACGUUGCUGUUAUGUUCGGCAGUAGUUACACAUGGCGAGAAUAAUUCCUUAUAGGAGGAACUAGGUAGUUGUUGCCUACACCCACCCACAGAUAUAGUAG